GCUUGCUUAAUUUAGAUCAUCAAAAAAGGUCAAACAAUUUUGAUGUUGGUCAUGGUCUAAACUCAAUUUUUAUGUUUUGAAUGUUGACAUGAGCAGCUAAAAUGGAUCCUUACGUGAUCCUCACGUGCCGCAGUCAGGAACAGAAAAGCAGUGUUGCAGCAGGAAAAGGGUCUGAUCCAGAGUGGAACGAGACAUUUGAAUUCAGUAUCGCUGAAGGUGUUACCGAAAUCAAGUUGAAAAUAAUGGACCGUGAUCAUCUCACUUCGGAUGAUUUUGUGGGAGAAGCAACUAUUUCCCUGCGUGCACUGUUUGAGGAAGGAAACAUUCCACCAACAUCGUAUAAUGUUGUUAAGGAUGAGGAAUAUUGUGGGGAAAUCAGAGUUGGCCUUACCUUCACGCCAGAGACUGGUUACGAGGGGGGUUAUCAGGCGGAACAGGAAAGCUUUGGUGGAUGGAAGCAGUCUGAAUACACGGUUUAGGCUCUUUAGAUGUUUACCGCACUAUCAAAUUGAAAUAAAUAUAACAUCUGUUUCUUCCCUAUGGUUUCUAUUUAAAGUUGUAUUUGGUUUUAUGUUAUAUGAUCAACCAACUUAAUUGUCUGCCUUUUUAAACAAAAUUUGAAUGGAGUU